CGCGUAUUAACCUGCAAAUAGAAAAUUGUGCCUGUUGUACAUAAACCAGCUAUUCUUCUAAUUAUGACGUCAAGAAGAAAAUGAAGAGGAGCUAUCCACCCGGGAAUGUAAAAAAGAAAAAAGAGGAAGAGGAGAGAAGAAAGCAAGACAGUGUCUUUUCUUUCUCGACGUCCAAUCGACCGACGGCUUCAGGAGGAAGAGGAGGGAUUAGUCUGAAUACGGGUGCUUCCUGCUCUGACUGAACUGUUGUUGCUUCAGAAGGAGCUCCACUUUGUGUGAGAGGCCCAUUAUCCACUGGAAAUGAGGUGUUGCUGCUGAAGGCACGUUUGAGGAUUAAUGGAGGACUUCAAGUGGGAGCCCAAGAUCACAGAGCUCUUGAAUAGCAAGGUGGGAAAGUAUCUGAGUAACCACCCCUUCAUCACUCUGGUGCUGCUUGUAUUUGGUCUAACAGCCUCCGUGCCUGUUGGGCUUUUCCUGGCAUUUUCCGCUGUUACGUUAAUCAGUGUUACCGCAUAUUUCAUCUUUAUUGAAAUUUUCCUGCUGACUGUUGGAGGAGUCAUCUUGCUCUGUGUUCUCUGCUGUCUUGCCGUGGUGGCCUUCUGGAUCUCCUGUGUGUUAAGCAUCCUGUACAUUAUUGGCUCACAUGUCCUCAAUUACUCUUUUAUUCCCAGUAGAGUACCUGAAAAGACGAUCUCUGCAGGAGACAUGGAGACAGAAAAAGACCUAAAUAGCUGAGUAAUAAUACCAGUGACUGUAAGGGGGGGAACCUGGACAGGGUGGCUUUAUAACCUUCCAUUCUAUAGAAGUGAAGCCAAAAUUCCUCUGCCAUGCUAUCAAAUUUGGAGCCAGAGUUUGAGCAGUAAGGACUUUCUGCUGCUAUCUAAAGGCAGAGUCUGUGCAAUAGAGACAAGGGGCAAAGUCAGGUACACCUACUUUUCCCAAUACCAUGGUGUUUAAAUUGAACAGUUAUAAGAAAUGAUAAAACAAGGGUAGGUUAGACUAGGUUGCCUGAUAAACUGGACUGUAAACUCAACUACUCCAUCUAAUGAUGAGACGAGGCCCAAUUCUGUGCUGCAGCUGGUCUCGUCCACCCAAGGCUGUCAAUCACUUUGUUCCCAAGUGUAUCUGUGUUGUCCUACAAUAUAGUAAAUAUUUUAAAAACUAAUUUCUGGGGGAAAAUAAAAAUUACGGAUAUCAGCAUCAGGAAAACUAACUGUCUGAAUUAGACACGGUAGAUGGAAUGAUGGUUUAGAUGAGAGAAGUGACAGAGAAAACAGACUAUUUUGUCAUAAAAAUAUAAAGAGGAUGGGCGGUGGGACACGUUUUACUGCAACCAGCCACCAGGGGCGCUAGACCUGUGGCGGCUUCAUUUUUUUUUUGAGAGAUGUUAUGGUGUCCCAGCCACAUCUUUGUCUAAACAUUUUUGAUGUAAACAGUGGUUUUGUACAUAUUUAAUAUUUGUAAUCCCUGAAACAACAUACCUCAUUGUUUUUCCCUCCUUGUUAUAUUGUUAUACUGCUAUUAUUUACACACACGCACAAACCAUUGACUGAUUUAGGCCCGGUCAGCAAUAUAUACCAGUGUCAGUUGAGGUUUCAAAAGCCCUUGGACAACAAUUGGCAUUCUGUGAAAUAAUUAUUCAGCAUAAUUUCAGUAAAUAGACUGACAUUUUUGUUAGUUUCUGAUACCUGAAAGCUAUCCCGGAUUACAGACCGGGCCAGGGGGGCCUAUAGCGAUGCCGAUGCUAAUUGUGACAUCAGAGGGCCUCUAUUCUCUAGGAUCUUAUAACUACUUACACUGUUAUAGGCUUGCAUGCUAGCAUUACACAAUCGCUCCAAAAACACAGGAAGAAUUGAUUCUGAUCUUGUCAAACAAGUGGAUGCAGAGAGGCAAUACUGGCGGGAAGUUUUGAAGAGUUGUUGCUGUAAUCCAGUUUUUGGGGGAGAGGGGCCUUGCUUUCAGGGGAGACGAUGAGCAGCUGGGAUCACCUCACAAUGGUAAUUUCUUGGGCAUUGUCGAACUGUUGGCCAAAUUUGACCCUUUUCUAGCCGACCAUCUCCAAAGGUUUGGAGGCAAGGGCAAAGGCUCUGCGUCCUACCUCUCAUCAACAAUCUGUGAGGAAUUUAUCCACUUAAUGGGAGAAAGAACAAAGGAAGCAAUUAUCAGCGAGAUUAGAGUCCAAAUACUUUUCUGUUAUAGUUGACUCCACUCCAGACCUUGCUCAUGUGGACCAACUCCACUUUUAUUUUCAGGUUUGUAAAUAAUGAAGUAGUUGAGCGUUUUCUGGCUUUUGAGCCUAUUGGGAAUCAUAGUGGGAGCAGUUUGGCUGAGUGUGUUGUUGCUAUGGUGGAGAACCUGGGCCUAGACUUAACUAACUGUAGAGGCCAGUCUUAUGACAAUGCAAGUAAUAUGUCAGGAAAGUACAAUGGAGUCCAAGCUCAUCUGAAACGAAUAAACCCAUUAAUUUA